UUUCCCAAUAAAACGAGAAACGACCCCUUGUCUCGGUUUUCCCCUCUUUCCGCCCCGCCCCGCUGCCCCGCGCUGUUGCUCUCCCGGGAUGAGCGGCAGGAGCGGGUUGUCGCUGAUAGGCUGCGCUCUCCGUCACGCAGCGCUGCCGCCCUCCCCGGCUGCGAGGGGAGCUGCGGCCGAGGCUUCCGUCCCCGGGCUCGGAGCCUCGCUCCUCCGCGCUUGCCCUUAGCAUCCCGGUUCCUGUUUGUUUCUGGCGUUGAGAUUCAGGUGGCUUGAACGAGAGAGUCAGUCCUGGAUGUUUGCAGCCUUUUGCUUCGGCUGGCAGAGAAGAAAAAAGGUGAACGCUGACCUGCAGCACUUGCUUCCUGUGGAAGAAAUAUCGGACACUGUUCUGGGAUUAUUUGUGCGUGCUUCGUCCUGAAAAGGCCUCUGAAAUAAUCAGUAGACAUCUGGGAAAAGAAUUGAGGAAGUCGUGAGGUUUUUUUCUUCUAACAGUGUUGUGCACAUCACCCUUGGAUUCUUUUGUCCGCAUGGCAUGGACACAUAGCUAAAUAUAUGAAGUUCUGAAUAUUUCAGCUGCCAAAAUAAAGUGCUUUCCUCUUUUUACAUACUCUUUUUCUUCUCGGCAACAAUCUUUCUGAGUCAGGGGCAUAACCAGUCUUGUUAACUGGCUCCAGGUUAAAUGUGGCCUGAGUCACUGUGGAGACAUUGCUGAAAAGUUUCAUGGCAGAUUUUCCCCCCACCCUUAUUUCAUUUUUAAAAUUUUCUGACACAGUCUUCUCUCACUUUGCAGUGAGACCGAUUUUAUAAAUGAAGAAUUUAAUACAUGUUUGUUUACCUUUUUUCCUAUUGUAUUGUAUUUGAUAUUUCUGUUGAAAAAUGUUGUUGCCAAUGAGCAGUAUGGAGGUAUCCAGAUAACUGUUUACAAAUGCCUCUGCUACCAGAAGGUGGGAAAUGUUCUACAGUUCAUACGUGAAAUUUGGGUUUUUGGCAUCACAUUUGUGGAGUAAAACCUCUGUUUAUUUCACUUGGAGCUGAUGCUGCAUAUAGUGAUACCUAUGGAAUAGACAUGGAAUAGACGGAGAAGAAACUGUCAGAGAAAAUAAAAGGUUUUUAAGACAGACAUUGGCAGACUUUGUAAAUAGCCUUGCAGGAUCUGUACGCGAGAAGGAUGGGUAGCUGAUUUCUGUGAGGUCAAAUCUAUGUCAAACUGCUGCGAAUGUAGUAUCAACAGGAACUUGGGAUAUUAUCUCAAGGAACACAAGCUGGAAAAAUAUAAAUCACGCAAUACUAACACCUUGUGCGCUCCUCUUGAAUUAGGUUUGCAUUCAACUGAACUGCUGCUGGCUGAAAGAAAAUUAAGAUGGACAGAGCAACUUAAUUCAAAAGGACUUGCCAUGAGGUGCUAAGCCUUUUUUUAUUGAUUCGGAGAGACUGGACCUAAAUGGCGCAACAUGACUUUGCUCCAGCCUGGCUUAAUUUUCCUACUCCACCAUCAUCAACAAAGUCAUCGCUGAAUUUUGAGAAACAUUCUGAAAAUUUUUCGUGGACAGAGAAUCGUUAUGAAACGAAUCGCAGAAGACACAACUCUUCAGAGGGGUUUGAUUCUAACACUGGAAGGCCAAAUGGAGGGCAUUUUGGGCGAAAAGAGAGGAAUGGUUGGCGUUCACAAGGAAGAAAUGGUCCAGAAAAUAUAAACCAUUGUGGAGGGUACCGUGGUGGAGGUUCCCGUACUCGUAGCAGCACCUUCCAUUGUGGAAAAGGCCAGGGACUGCAUGAAAACAGUGUCCCUGAUAAUGAAACCCGCCAAAAGGAAAACAAAGAAAUACGCAAUCAGUUUGAGGCUGAGGAUUUUCCAUCUUUAAACCCUGAAUAUGAGAGGGAACCAAACCAGAAUAAAUCUCUAGCUGCAGGUGUGUGGGAGUACCCUUUAAAUCCUAAAUCUAGAUCUCAGAGAAUGCUGGUCAUUAAAAAGGGCGGUACAAAAGAACUGCAAAUAUCUGGAUUCCCAGUAGUAGGAAGUCUUCACUCACAGCCAGUAAGGAAUGGAACUGGCACAAGUGUUUAUAAAGGAUUAGUCCCCAAACCUGCCACUCCACCUGCAAAGCCCACAGAGUGGAAAAGCCAAGCAAAAGAAAAUAAACUUGGGAAUGCUUUUCCUCAUGACUCGGCACAUGGUGUUAGCAAUUUCAGUCCUUUCAAAUCAACUGUCAAGGCAUUUGCUGUAACACAAAAUUCAGUGAAAGAGUAUAAUCGGUCAAAUUCUGCAUCCCCUGUUGACAAAUCUGGUCAGCCUCGUUUAACAAAAUUGACAAGAAUGCGGACUGAUAAGAAGAGUGAAUUUUUGAAAGCAUUGAAAAGAGAUCGAGUGAAAGAGGAACAUGAAGAUGAGAGUCAUGAUGGGCAAGAGAAGGAUGAUGAGUCCUUCAGCUUGCAUAACAGCAACAGUCCUCAUAAUGAGAGAGAUAUAAACCGAAACUUUGAAAAUGUGAUUCCACAGGAGAAUGGCAAUGCUUCAAUUACACCUCAGCAGAUCAUUCAGUCUUCAGCUUUCCCUCAGGCAAAUGUUCUUUCAAGCUCACUUGAGGCAGAGCAUAGGUUGUUAAAGGAGAUGGGCUGGCAGGAAGACAGUGAAAAUGAUGAAACAUGUGCUCCACUAACUGAGGAUGAGAUGAGGGAGUUCCAAGUCAUUAGUGAACAGUUACAAAAAAAUGGCCUUCGGAAAAACGGCAUUUUGAAAAAUGGCCUCAUCUGUAAUUUUAAAUUUAGCCCCUGGAAAAACAGCACUUUCAAACCUGCUCUGGAGAAUGAGGAUUCUGAGACAAGCAGCAGUGAUACAUCAGAUGAUGAUGAUGUGUGAAGACUUCUCUAACACCUCUAGAAGGCCAUUUGUUCUUGUGAAAAUUUGGGGAUGUUUUGUCAAAAAACAAAAAAUUUUAAUUUAUGUAGUAACAUCCCCAGUACAGGAAGAAUGAUGGAACUUUUAUCUGAAGGAAGCAGGGAAUGUUUCACUGGGUGUGUUGAAAAUCACUGUAAUUUCUCUGUAAAUGGAU